CUACCAGCUGGCUUAGUCAGCACGUGACAGACUUUAGCCCCAUUCGUUUUCCCCUCCCACACAAAUUUUGAGGAACGACUCUGAAAAUUAUCAAGUCCCGAACGUACGCAUCGUCGUGAUCUUGCCAUCCAGACAAAAUGGCUACGCAAGCGGUCCAGGUUUUCGGCAAGAAGAAGAACGCCACGGCGGUCGCCCGCUGUGUGCAGGGCAAGGGCCUCAUCAAGGUCAACGGUGUUCCCCUUAAGCUCUACGCCCCCGAGAUCCUCCGGGCCAAGCUCUACGAGCCCAUCCUUCUCCUCGGUACCGACAAGUUCGCCGAGGUCGAUAUCCGCCUCAAGGUCUCCGGUGGUGGUCACGUCUCCCAGGUCUAUGCCGUCCGUCAGGCUAUUGCCAAGGCCAUUGUCGCCUACUACGCCAAGUACGUCGAUGAGCACUCCAAGAACACCCUGAAGACCGCCCUCAUCCAGUUCGACCGUACUCUCCUCGUCGCCGAUCCCAGACGUUGCGAGCCCAAGAAGUUCGGUGGUAAGGGUGCCCGCUCUCGCUUCCAGAAGUCCUACCGUUAAAGGACUACCUGGAGAGGGAGAAAGUGGUGGUGCUUGGAUGGUUGUGGUUGUGCGCUGGCUGCUUUUGUUGGCGAGCAUCAUGAUGCGUGGACACGGCGGACGGCGUUCUUCGGCAUUGCAUUGAUCAAGAAAGAGACCCGAGUCAAGUUUUCCGGACGACCACGAUAUGGCUUGCUGCUUGUCUGCUAAGGGAGGAAUUAUCAGCAACAAACACGGCCGUGUGUUGCCGCAUCUCGGCCAGAGAUAGAGGGAAUGCAAACAAAAGACUCGAGUCCUUUCUUCUGUUUUGUUUCUGCAGACCUCCCAAAAAGCGAAAGAGAUACCACACAUCCAUUACACUACAACAGGUCCGAAUCUUUUUGGUGGUUUAAUGAUCAAUCAUGCGCGAAACGACGAGACAUAACGACCGGUUCAGCAACGUCACAUAGAGAGAGAGCUCUAAGGGUAGAACUUGGGGCGAUCGAACUUCCAGCACACCACACAAUAAGAAGGAUCAAGCCAUUUCAUGUUCCUCUG